AUGGGCUGGCUCCCUUGGUCUUCGGACGACUCCAACAAGGCUUCUGACGGUGGCCGCAUCGCGCCGGACCGGACAAGUCGUAAACGCUGCUGGGAGGGUCGGGAUGCCUUCUUCAGCUGCCUGGACCGUAAUGAUAUCUUGGAUGGAAUCAAAGAUGAUAAGGAAGCUCGUCGGAAAUGCGCAAAGGAGGUUCUCGAGUUCGAGGCAGCUUGUUCGCAGACCUGGGUGAAAUACUUCAAGGAGAAGCGAGUGAUGGAAUACAACCGGGACAAGACGAUCGAGCGGAUCAAGAAGGAAGAUGCAGACAAGAUGAAGGAAUUGAAGACUCAGGGCUGGAAAUCGACUUAA